AUGGUGGCUUCGGCUGAUGAGAACACGCCUCUGAUUGUGAGCGAUAGCCGCAAUUAUUCAUCUACCAACUGUCGUGAAGAUCGCGAUCAUGCUUCACACAGACACUUCUUAGAAGCCGACACUGACGAUGAUGGGUCGACCUCCACUCUGCAGAAAGAUGAUCCAACUUGCGAGCUGGACCUAGUCAAGGUGCCUUCAAUCUCCACCGGACUUGCGAUUGACCCAGGUAUCGAAAGAGUAUCCUCUGCCGCUACAGUACAUGUCUCGGAGGAGAACGUUGAAGCGCAAGAUGGCCCAGCUUCUAGGUCCAUGUUCGCAAAUCAUUUCAUCAAUGUGACGCCAACUCAGUUUGCCUGGAUAUUUGGUGGUAUUCAGAUUGGCUACUUUAUAGGGUUUUUUGACUCCACUUUUAUGGCCUCAAGCCAUCCAGUCAUUACUUCCGAAUUCCACGCAUCCAACUCGGCAUCCUGGCUUUCGACUGCGUUUCUGCUCACAUCGACGGCCCUUCUGCCCCUAUUUGGCCGCAUCUCUGAUUCUAUCGGUAGAAAACCAGUGUACAUUUUCUCCAUCAUCGUAUUCUUCAUCACGACUGCUUGGUGUGGCCUCGCCCGAAGUAUAGGCAGCUUCAUUGUUGCGCGGGCUUUUUGUGGACUUGGUGCUGGUGGUGUUUUCUCAAUGGGCAUGAUCAUCAGCAGUGAUACUGUACGCUUAGAGUACCGUGGCAUCUACCAAUCUGUGAUCAACAUGACACUGGGCGUCGGUGGUGCUCUCGGCUUUGCGGGUGGAGGCUUUCUUUGCGAUCAUCUAGGCUGGCGUGGAGCUUUCUAUAUACAGCUACCCUGCAUCUUCGCCUACCUGCUUAUUGCACUCUGGACAACUCCUAAUGAUCUAGGUCGUAUCGAUCCCAAGGAUGAGAAUCGGAGUCUGAGACAGUUACUCAAGCGCAUUGACCUGACGGGGUCUUUCUUGCUCACUGUCGGCCUUACGUCUCUCAUCGUCGGUCUUAACCUAGGAGGAAAUGUUCUCUCAUGGAGUCACCCGCUUGUGUUAUCAUCUCUUGUACUUGCAGCAGUCAUGGUUGUUGUUAUUCCAUACUAUGAGAGCCGGGUAGAGCGCCCCGUGAUACCAAUAAGACUGCUCACCAAAGCGCCGCAUGCCUAUAUUAUUUUCAGCAAUUUCUUUGGAGGUUUGACGGUCAACAGCAUCAUGUUCAAUGUUCCCCUAUUUUUCCAGGCUGUAAAGUCCGAGUCAGCUACGGAUUCUGGACUUCACCUCCUUUUUGCAUCUUUUGGUAUCACUUGUACCAGUGUCGCCAAUGGGUUCUUGAUCACUUAUUUCAAUAGCCUGAAGCCAUUUGCAUUACUCGGCGCUACAUUGAUGUUCAUCGGGGGUUUUACUACUGCUGCCCUCACGUUUGUCGACUUUCCGUAUGCCAUCACAAUAGCAUUCCUGGCCCUAGCAAGCGUGGGUCAAGGCUUUGUCUUCCCAACAUACACAGUCUCUAUUCUUGCAGUCAAUAAGCAAGAAGACCAGGCGAGCUCAGUCACAACCUUGUCCCUGUGGAGAAAUCUCGGAUAUGUCAUGGGUACUGCCGUUAGUAGUCUGGUACUGCAGAAUGCUCUACGUAUUCGCCUUGACCAGGUAGUGACUGAGCCUAAUAAGCAGAGGAUCAUUGAGAUCGCUCGUAAGUCUGUGGAGGAUAUAGUCACACUCGAUCCUAUGCAUCGCGGCCAAGUCAUCCAAGCGUAUAACACCUCUCUUCGAAUCACAUUCCUGUCAGCAACAAUCUGGGGCUCCGUCAUGUUGCUGCUCACCUAUAUGGUAAAACUUCCGAGACUGAGAAGAACCGAGAAAGAGCUAGAAGAAGAGGAGGCAGAACUUCAAUUCGUGGGGCUUCCGGCAAUCCUCGCGCAAUUGUGGCUUGCAAAUCUGAAACAACCACCUUGGAUACAAGACAGUUUGUUGCAUGAAUUGAUCUUUGUACCUGAGCAAAGUCUCCCCAGCGCAAUCGCAUUCGCAACCCUCGACGUUGUCCGAGCCCAUUGA